GGAGGAUACCCGCUGGAGUUAAAUAAUCGGCCCCGUCUCUACCUGCUGCGGCUCUGUUUUGGUACGCUCUGGUCGCACGGCAAGUAGUGCGUGUCACGUGGCCCAGCCCCUCCCUCUGUCUCCGCACAACGUGUAGCCGGCAGCCACCUCAGCAAAAAUGGCAGCUUCAUCCCUGAGCACUGAAAAGGUCUGGCUGGACAAAUACAAGUACGACGACGCCGAGCGACAGUAUUACGAGCAGCUGAGCAAGAGAGCCGCGCCGGAAGCCUCCAGCCAGCAAACGGAUGAUGGAGCGAGCACAAUCCUCAGAGACAUUGCCAGAGCCAGGGAGAAUAUCCAGAAAUCGCUGGCCGGACUCAGGACAGUCCUGCAUAGUCCAAAAGAUGCUCCGCCUUCCCUCCCCCAGAGCCAAUCAGGGCCCAGUACUAGCGCGGCUGCGGCGCCGGCCGGCGGAGACAACGGCGAGCUCCUGUCUCGGGUCGCCAACCUGGAGCAAGAGAACCAGAACCUCCAUAAAGUUGUGAAAGAUCUGCAGCUCGCCAUCUCCAAGCUGGAAAGCCGACUGACGACGCUGGAGAAAUCCGCUUCCUCGGCCCCCGCUGCCUGCAAGGCCGCAGCCCCCGUACAAAACGUUGCCCCACAAACCGCUCCUCAAAAAGACGAGGAGGAAGAAGAGGACGACGAUAUCGACCUGUUUGGCAGUGACGACGACGAGGAAGAAGACGCGGAAGCGGCGCGGAUCCGGGAGGAGAGGCUGCGUCAGUAUGCGGAGAAGAAGUCUAAGAAGCCCGGCCUCAUCGCCAAGUCCUCCAUCCUCCUGGACGUGAAGCCUUGGGAUGACGAGACGGACAUGGCGAAGCUGGAGGAGUGCGUGCGCUCCGUGCAGAUGGACGGCCUGGUCUGGGGUUCCUCUAAGCUGGUGCCUGUCGGUUACGGCAUCAAGAAGCUGCAGAUCCAGUGCGUGGUGGAGGACGACAAGGUGGGAACGGACGUUCUGGAAGAGGAGAUCACCAAGUUCGAGGACUAUGUGCAGAGUGUUGACAUCGCUGCUUUCAAUAAGAUCUAAGAGAACAUCUGAAACGGUUAAAUAAAAAGCAGUGUGCAGAG